CCCGUGAAGUCAGCCGCCCCCGUCUUCCCUCACUGACCGCCCAUCUAUUUCGCCCAGCUGGCCUUACGACACGAAGAAAGAGAUACGUAGCUGCAGCAAUCUCUACAUUUCAUGCCCAUCGCACGGGGCGUCAAAUCGUGACUGGUUACAAUCCACGUAGGGCGGCAAGCUGCACGGGUUACUUUUUACGUCGGGACACGGAAGAGUUCGCAGCUUCAGGGACGAAUCAAUGCGGGUUCUGCGGAUCCUUCGCCGAGGUGAUGAGGCACUCAAGAAUUGAACGGACAUGAUUAUCUAGAAUUUCUCUCCAGCGCACAGGGCACCGUGAAGCACGCCAGUCUCCAUGUGGCGAUAGGCUUCAUGUGCGUCACGUGCGACGAGUACACGUCAGACAUGGCCAAUCCAAGCAUCAGGUGAGUAGAUCCACGUCGAAUGUGUUGCCUGUGGUCGAAAUCAUCAAGGCAUCGACGUCAGCAAGCUGCACCAGCGUGCGCUGUCAUUGUCGGUGCGAAACGUAGCGGUGGAUAAGGUUCCAGAACACGUCGCGUGGCUUGAACCGUUCGAUUGCUUCCCCUUGCCACCUCAUUUCGCGUCGUCCACGUGAAUGCGCUGGCAGGGGGAAGCCUCGGUGGGUCAAUCGUAACCACUGCUGACGUUCUAGAAGGAGCGUGGAGCUCCGACGACCGUCCGAUCUAGCUCUACGUCGGUUCGCUGGCAAAAAGCCUUGCCAGCGGCAAUCGCAGCUCUGGUGUGGUCCUAAAUCUUGAGCCACGCAAUCCUAGACGGCGUUGGCCUGGCUGUGCGGCCUACGAGCGGAGGGGAAGCAACGCUCUACGGUGGUGUUCCCUCUGCCUGACAGUACAAAUGGCCAGCUGACAGCCAUUUCGUCUUCAAUCACAUUCGAUUAUUUCAGCUCUAGUUGAAUCACUCCCUCGUCGCCGAUCGUCCACUCCUCGUGCUGUAGUGCCUGUGAAACCCCACUAGAACUUCCUCCACGCUCUCUCUGCUGGAUCGUUCCAGCUCCUAAACCUCGCAUCCGAUGGCAUUCUUACACCCGGAAUCCGCUGUGGCAGUGGCUCUUGCUGCUGCCACAUGUUUUGGAGACGCAGCAAGGUACAUCUGGGAUAUUCCCAGCUGGUUACUCUGCUCUCCUGCAAACUCAACCCCAUUUGAAUGGCUGAUGGACUUUACUGCGGCUGAUGAAGCCGAGCUCAGAAAUGGCUCAGCUAAGAGACGCUCGACUCAGCUGCUGCCGCUGCUGCUGGCAGGAUACAGCACGGUGAGCCAAGCCGAGUUCAUUUCUGAGUGGACGGAGGAGGAUGCGGCAUUCUUAAGGAGUGACGCAUCCAAAGCUCGUAUCUCUGCCGAAUCUUCCGAGUGGCUGACGGAAAAGACUCUUGUGAAUCCUGCUGAGUUCAUUUCCGAGUGGACGGCAGAGGAUGACGCUUGUCUAAGAACUGACCAGAUCCGAGCUCGUGCAUCUGCUGAUUCCGACGAGUGGCUUGCCGAAAGCACUCCUGUGAACCCUGAUGAGUUCGUCACGGAGUGGACGUCCGCUGAUGAGGCGUAUUUGACGCAGACGUCUGUCAGGAGCGACAGGCAAAAGCACGGUCUUCGAUCUCAUCUUGGCUUCUCUCGUCUGAGACCUGCUGCUAUGGAUGUUGCUGUUGCUGUAAUGAGUGCUGCGGCCAACAUUGUGAGCGUUGCUGCUGCUGCUGCUGCUGGCGCCGUGAGUGCUGCUGCUGACACCGCUGCUGCUGCUGCCGCAGACGCCAUGGGAACAGUUCCUGGUGCUGUUGGCGUUGUGGCUGCUAUUGCUACUGCUCCUACUCCUGCUACUGCAUCACCAGCAGCAUCAGCAACGAAAUCCUCGCCGUGCAAGCGGGCAGUCAAGCCUGCAGCUUGCAAGCCAGCAGUCAAGCCUGCAGCGUGCAAGCCAGCAGUCAAGUCUGCAGCUUGCAAGCCAGCAGUCAAGGCUGCAGCGUGCAGGUCAGCGGCCAAGCCUGCAGCGUGCAAGCCAGCGGUCAAGCCUGCAGCGUGCAAGCCAGCGGUCAAGCCUGCAGCUUGCAAGCCAGCGGCUAAGCCUGCAGCUUGCAAGCCAGCGGUCAAGCCUGCAGCUUGCAAGCCAGCGGUCAAGCCUGCAGCAAUGGGUUGCAGGGAACAACAGGGGGGAGAAGGGGGAAAUAAGCCAGGCAGUAGCCUCGCAGAAACAAGUGUCUCAGAAAUCUAGGUGGAUGUGAAAGGUACCUAAAUAGGUACUUCGAUUUGUAGUGAAUUCUGUACAUAAUCCUGUAUAGCAUAUAUUUUCCUCGAAAUUUUGAAUUCAAAACUGGUUGGAACAAUGCUGGUUUUGCUGCAUCCAGGCGUACAGCCACACUCACUCCCUGAGUUGAAUAAAGGCUGUAGAAUACAGAAAUUGCUGUCUUCAUAUGCAUUUAUGAUGUGGCGUUCUGAAGCUUGUUUGACAGGUGCGUUAAUUCCUUAACCAGCUGUCAUUCGAGAGUGCUGAGGACCUUAAGUGAUGGGCUGUAAUUUCCCAUUUCCCACGCAUCCGACAUUUUCCCAUUUCCUAUUCAUCUGACCUUUCCCCAUUUCCCGUGCAUCUGACCUUGUCCCAUUUCCCAUGCUUCUGGCCUUUUCCCAUUCUUGUAUCUCUGAUCUGAACUCCCAUCGAUGUGUGGUUAGGAUGAGAUGGGGCGAUGUGUGUGUGGUAUGAGACGAUUCAACGCCGAUGCAUCACUCACACAUCCGGCAUUAUCCACAUCAGACCCGGUUACCUGCCCAUCCAUCAAUAAGCCUUCCUCUAUUCGACACCUAUCCACUGAUGAUUGGGAUGACAUGGGGUGAUGAGUGAUGGGUGGGAUGACAUGGGGUGAUGGGUGGCAUGACAUGGGGU